CCCAAAUCUUAUAACUAUACUGGGAGGCACUGUUAUUACAGUCGCCAAAAACCCUAAUUCCACCUUGCGGCCAUUCUUCGUAUCUCUACAAUGACGAAGAAGAAAGAGCGAAACGUUAACCUCUCCGGUAAACCAAAGCACUCCAACGACGCCAAUCGGAGCAAUGACUCCAAGACCGAAAAGCGGUCCGCCGCCACCGUCCGCCGUCUCAAGAUGUACAAAACCCGACCUGUUCGAAACCGUAAGGGUCAUGUCUUGAGCAACGAGUAUCAAUCCAAAGAUCUUCCAUGCACCAGAAUCAAACCCGAUCGUCAAUGGUUCGGGAAUACUCGUGUUGUGAAUCAGAAAGAGCUUGAGUUUUUCAGAGAAGAAAUGGCGAAGCAUAGUGCAAGUAAUUACAAUAUUAUUCUUAAGGGGAAGAAUUUGCCUAUGUCACUUCUCAAUGAUUAUCAGAAGCAAUCGAGGGUUCAUCUUCUUGAUAGAGAGCCUUUUUCGGAUGCAUUUGGACCUAAGACUAAAAGAAAGCGUCCAAGUCUUUUGGCUUCUGAUUAUGAGUCUUUAGCUAAGAAAGCCGAUGGUUCUCAAGAUGCUUUUGAAGAGAAGCAUGCUUCUGGUACGGCUGCAGAAGCUGAUGAAGCAGAUGGAUUUAGAGAUUUAGUGCGACAUACCAUGUUUGAAAAGGGUCAAAGCAAACGUAUAUGGGGUGAACUUUACAAAGUGAUAGAUUCUUCAGAUGUUGUUGUCCAGGUUAUAGAUGCAAGGGAUCCACAAGGCACAAGAUGUUACCAUUUAGAGAAGCAUUUGAAAGAAAACUGCAAGCACAAACACAUGGUGCUUUUAUUGAACAAGUGCGAUCUAAUUCCUGCUUGGGCAACAAAAGGAUGGCUUAGAGUUUUGUCAAAAGAAUAUCCAACGCUAGCAUUCCAUGCAAGUAUUAAUAAGUCCUUUGGAAAGGGUUCACUUCUAUCGGUUCUGAGACAAUUUGCAAGAUUGAAAAGUGAUAAGCAAGCAAUAUCUGUUGGUUUCGUUGGAUAUCCAAAUGUUGGGAAGUCAUCAGUGAUCAACACAUUGCGUACAAAGAAUGUUUGCAAGGUUGCUCCAAUUCCAGGGGAAACAAAAGUCUGGCAGUAUAUUACCCUUACAAAGAGGAUCUUUUUGAUUGAUUGUCCAGGAGUUGUCUACCACAACAAUGACUCUGAAACAGAUGUUGUGCUGAAGGGUGUGGUUCGUGUAACAAACUUGAAAGAUGCUGCUGACCAUAUAGGUGAGGUUUUGAAACGUGUGAAGAAGGAGCACUUGACAAGAGCUUAUAAAAUAAAAGAAUGGGUUGAUGAAAAUGACUUCCUACUUCAGCUUUGCAAGUCAUCGGGCAAACUCCUUAAGGGUGGUGAACCUGACCUUAUGACCGCAGCAAAGAUGAUACUUCACGAUUGGCAGAGGGGUAAAAUUCCCUUUUUUGUCCCUCCUCCGCGACAGGAUGCCUUGUCCGAGUCUGAGGAGCCUAAUGUUAAUGGCAUAGAUGUUGACGAGGCAGUUGACCAUAACCAGGCAUCUGCUGCCAUUAAAGCUAUUGCAAAUGUUCUUUCGUCCCAGCAGCAAAGAAAUGUACCAGUUCAAGGGGAUUUAUAUAACGAGAAUGAGCUGGAUGAAGAAACUGCUGACCAACUUCCAGACACUGGGGAUUAUACAGAUGAAGAUAGUGACGCAUCUGAGGAGGAUCCAUCCACUGAGGUCCCAUCUGAGCAGGAUCCAUCCACUGAUGUUCCAUCUGAGCAGCUUAUUUCUGCUGAGCCGGUCCCAACAAGUGAAUCAUGAGUUUCAGUUGCGGGUUUAGCUGUUAGGGUUUAUGUUGGUUUUAAUUUUGAUUCCUGAUAUUUUGUUUAAGAGAACAAGCUCCAUUUCCGCCGCAUCUUCUUUAACAAUGGUCAGCUCCAUUUCUGGACUUCAUUUGUCUCAGAUAUGAUUGUCAAAUCAUCAAUUAUACUUUUGGGAAUUCUGUUCUGGUAAUAUAAAUGAAGCUUCAGUUAUGGUUUGUUUAUCAGCUGGUCUUUGGAUACGGAGAUGAUUUUGAUUUGUUGAGCAUAGUUUUAGUGGAUAUAGUUUGCACAAUGGAUAUUUUGUUUUAUCUAUAUGUAAUUUUUACCAUUAUAAGCUACUUCGAUAUAAUAUUGAGUAAAUUACACUCA